CCCCUCCUCCACCACCGCCCGGGUUGGUUCCAGCAGGCGAGCCUUAUCUUCUUCUUCGUCCGUCCGUCCUGGCAUUGGCUUGUAGGUGUCGCGAGACAGGGAGGGUAGCGGCGAGCUGAGAGAGGUUUACGGUGGGGGCGGCGGCCAUGAAGAUCCAGUGCGACGCGUGCGAGGCCGCGGCGGCCACGGUGGUGUGCUGCGCCGACGAGGCGGCGCUGUGCGCGCGCUGCGACGUCGAGAUCCACGCCGCCAACAAGCUCGCCAGCAAGCACCAGCGCCUCCCGCUCGAGGCGCUCUCCGCCAGGCUCCCCCGCUGCGACGUCUGCCAGGAGAAGGCGGCGUUCAUCUUCUGCGUGGAGGACCGGGCGCUCUUCUGCCGGGACUGCGACGAGCCCAUCCACGUCCCGGGCACGCUCUCCGGCAACCACCAGCGCUACCUCGCCACCGGCAUCCGCGUCGGCCUCGCCUCCGCGUCCGCGUGCAGCGACGCCAGCGACGCCCACGACUCGGACCACCACCACGCCCCGCCCAAGGCCACCGUCGAGCCACCGCAGCCCGCCGUCUCCGCCGCGGCGCAGCAGGUGCCCUCGCCGCCGCCGUUCCUGCCGCAAGGCUGGGCCGUCGACGAGCUCCUCCAGUUCUCCGACUACGAGUCCGGCGACAAGCUGCAGAAGGAGUCGCCGCUCGGGUUCAAGGAGCUCGAGUGGUUCGCCGACAUCGACCUCUUCCACGACCAGGCGGCGCCCAAGGCCGGCAGGGCGCUGGCGGAGGUCCCCGAGCUUUUCGGAUCCCAGGCGGCAAGCGACGCGGCGUACUACAGGCCGAGCAAAGCCGGCGCCGGGGUGCGCCAGAGCAAGAAGGCCCGGAUCGAGGUCACCGACGACGAGGACUACCUCAUCGUCCCUGACCUUGGCUGAAAGAAAGAGCGCGAGAGUUUUGUUUCUUCGCCUGUGGUGGUGUUGUAUACCAGAAGAAUUCUACUGUGUACAAGCUAGUGUCAUGUGUUGUGCA